AGUUAAUUUUCUCUCUCCGCAGAUAUAUAUUUCAACCAUAAUACUAUUUACAUAUAAUUAUACGCUUUGUUCUGGUUUUUAUCUUUAUUUUUUUUCACUUUAUUUCACUACAUCAGACCACUUUCUCUCUCUAGGAAAUGGAUGUCGAGAUCUCUAUCUUUGUCUACCUUCCAUAUCUAAACUUCUGCUCUUAGCAUACACCCAUACAACCCUUAACGUGCGCACCUUCCAUUUCAACCCUCUGUUUCCUCAAUUGAUGACAAUAAAACCGCUUUGGAAGCCGAAGAGAAGAAGACGACGAAGAGGCCGUGAAGAAGGGUAGAGCACAACACCCCACAAACCGUACCACUAUGUCUCUAGUGCUCAAGAGUAGAGAUUCUUCCCUGGGCCCCCCUCUGGGUCUUGACGUCUCGUCGCAGCCGGUGUACGUUAGCGGCGGUGCGCCGGCGCAGGAGAAGCAGACGGAAUUGGUUGGGGUUCCAUGUCUUCCCGGGUAUAUUAAGAGGGACGGUGACGAAGGGGCAGAAAAGGGAUUUCACACACCUGUCGCCGAGGAGGGAUCGUCUGAAACUUCGUCGAUCGGCGAUCCGAGUGAUGGCGAAGAGGGGGAAGAGGUGGAGAGUAAGUUAAGUGGAAGCCUCGUGUCUUUGGGUUCUCUAGAAGAUUCCCUUCCCUUCAAGAGGGGUUUGUCAAACUACUUUUCUGGGAAAUCGAAGUCAUUUGCAAACUUAUCAGAUGUUAGCAGUGUAAAAGAAGUAGAGAAGGAAGAGAACCCAUUGAACAAGAGGAGGAGGAUAAUGAUAGCUUACAAAUGGUCAAAGAAAUCAUCUUUCUAUGGCUGGAAAAACCCAACUUCCAUGCCUCUCUUGGCUUUGAAUGAAGAAGAAGAAGAAGAAGAAGAAGAAGAAGAAAGAGGAGAUAAUCUAGAUGAACAAGAAGUACAAGUCUCUUCUGCAAAGGAGGCAGACGAUGAGGAAUUGAAUAAACUCCAGGAGAGAAGAAAUAGGCAGCCUAAGGGAUUCAAAUCUUGUUUCUCACUUACAGAUCUAUAUGAAUAAAUUAUGUUACCUUUUUUUCUUUGUUUAUAUGUGGAUAAAAGAUAUGCUUCAUGUCCAAGAAACAAAAUGAACAGAUAAGGUUUUGUUUUUCUUAAUUUUUUAUUAUCUUGUGAUGUGGGCAACCUAGAAAUUUUCUUUCAUAAGGACCAUAUUUGAUACAA